CCAAAAUAACUGAUAACAUUUCUGAACCCAAAAAUCUCAACAAGAAGAAGACGAAGAAGAAGAAGAAGAAGAAGAAAAUGGCUUUGUUCGUUACAGAAGAGGAGUUUGAGCUCUUGGAAAUGGAGGAGGAUGUUGUUGAUUCGGAACUUUCAGUUUGGGAGUUUGUUGAUUUGGAAGAAAAUGGUAGUGAUGAUAAUGAUCAGAAUGAAGUUGAAGAUAAUAAUGGGUCUGGGUUUGAAUCUUCUCCAUUAGAACAAGAUCAUCAUCCAAUUGAAGUACGCGGUGUUCAUAUUCUUCAUCGUUUUGGUGAUACUGGUCGUUAUGAGGGUUUUGAUGAAGGAAAUGAUUAUGAUGAUGAUGAUGAUCGGUUUGACGAGGACGAUGAUGAGAAUGAGGACGAGGAUGAAGAUGGUUCGUAUGGAUUGAAUGAUGAGUUGGUUCCUUGGUCAGUGAGCGAUAAAUUUGGUGGGAGGGAGAGAAUGAGGAAAUUGGGGAAAAGGGGUUUCCCUAAGAUGUUUAAUUCGAAGAAAUCGCCUUAUUUAUUUGUAAGGCCUGGUGUUGUUCGUGGUAAGCAUGGACUGGGAUUGAAGCACAGCCUCUAAUCUAAUCCAAAGUUUGACUCUUUAACUGGGUAUUUCUUAGAUUAUUGAAAUCUUUUCAGUUUUUUCUUUUAUUGUUGUUUUUUUUUUUUUCAGAUUAGAUUAGGUAAGAUAAGAUAGACUAAGCUUUUAUAAUUGGUGGCUUUAUUUUCAUGGUGAUAUAUUGAGGAUUGGGUUGGUUUAUGUUACACACCAAAUCUCUCUCCUUUUUCACUGUUUGGUAAUUGUUUAUAUCUAAGGUAUCUGUAAUAGAAUAAAAUUAUAUGUGAAUAUAUAAAUUUGCCCAGAAAUAAAUAUCUAUGGUUUUUCAA